AAUUAGUGCACCCCCACAAUCAACGCUCUUCAUUCGCCGCCCCUUACCCACCUAAAUUUCUCUCUCAAAUCGACGAAUCGAAGACUCUUUGAGAGAGAGACAGAGAGAGAGACAAAUUCUCUUUUUAGAUCUCGUCGCCCUGGGCUAGAGCUUUUACUCAGAUCUAUCGCAUCUAAGAAAUCGUUCCACCAAAUCUGACUCCUUCAGUGGCGUCCUUGUUGAUCAAUCUGUUCUUUGUAUUUGUUAUACACCAUCAAUCAUGUGGAGACUGAAACAGUUUAUGCCAAAAGAACAAGCUGGUCUUGAAGGCCGUACCAUUGACAUUGGCAAUUUGAAAAUCCAUGUCCGCAAUGCCAUUGCUGAGGGUGGAUUCUCUAGUGUUUACUUAGCUCGAGAUGCAAUACAAGGUUCAAAGCAGUAUGCCGUAAAGCACAUCAUAUGUAAUAAUGAAGAAUCUUUGGAAAUUGUGAAGAAAGAAAUAUCUGUGAUGAAAUCUCUUAGAGGACACCCUAAUAUUGUCGCUCUUUGUGCCCAUACUAUCUUUGAUAUGGGGCGGACAAAGGAAGCACUCCUUGUGAUGGAAUAUUGUGAGAAGUCUUUGGUUAACGUGCUGGAGAGCAGAGGAGCUGGAUAUUAUGAGGAAAAGCAAGUCCUUGUAAUAUUUAGAGAUGUCUGUAACGCAGUCUUUGCAAUGCAUUGCCAGUCCCCACCCAUUGCUCACCGAGACUUGAAGGCUGAGAAUGUUCUGUUGUCCUCUGAUGGAUUAUGGAAAUUGUGUGAUUUUGGAAGUACCUCUACCAAUCACAAGCGGUUUGAGAGACCUGAAGAAAUGGGCAUAGAAGAAGACAAUAUCAGGAAGCACACAACACCUGCCUAUAGAGCCCCAGAGAUGUGGGAUUUGUUCCUGAGAGAACUCAUAAAUGAGAAGGUCGAUAUUUGGGCCCUGGGUUGUCUUCUUUUUCGCAUAUGCUACUUCAAGUCUGCAUUUGAUGGUGAAUCAAAGCUACAAAUUCUAAAUGGAAACUACCGCAUUCCAGAGUUACCAAAAUACAGCUCAUCAAUUACAGACCUUAUUAGAGAUUUGCUUCAAUCUUCACCAGAUGCCAGACCAGACAUCACGCAGGUUUGGUUUCGUGUUAAUAAUUUAUUACCAGAUGGGUUACAGAAGUCGUUACCUGACAGGCCACCAGAGAUGCAUCAACCAGGUAGUGACAUCCACGAAGGGAUUCCAAAGCCUGCAAACAAAACUCAUCCAGUGCCUCGUAGAAGUCCACCACCCCCACCAUCUGCAGAACCUAAUAGGAAUGUAUCACCACCACCAGAUAAUAAUACUAGGGCAAGUGGAGGUGGCGGGGCGAUCGGUGCUUUCUGGUCCACACAGCAUGCUAAGGAGUCACUUGUUGCAGAGGACAAAACAGGGCCCAAGUUUGAUGAAGAACCAAGUGAUCCUAACACAAGACAUGAUAAGAUUCGUCCAGAGAAGCUGGUUUUUAGCCAUAAUACUAUCCCAACUAAAGAGGAAACUGUUCCAAAAAAGGUUCAUACAAAAUCUGUCAACAAACCAGAGGAUGGCCCUUCAAAGGACUUCGAAAUAAAAUUUUUCCAGGAUGAUUCAGGCCAUGUUGCUGGAAGACCAAAAGCAUCAAAGUCUGAGAGCACACCCGCUUUUCAAAAUGAGUCAUUCAAUGCGUUUGUUACUGAAUUUGAUACCAACAAAUCCAACCCAGGAAUCAGCAAUAAGAAAUCAGGGAAGGAAGAAGAGUUGGAGGCUGAGGUUGAAAGGCUGAAAGAACAGCUGAAGCAAGCUAAUGUGGAUAAAUCUGAAAUGACCUCCAAAUAUGAAAAGCUUUCAGCCAUUUGCCGAUCUCAGAGGCAGGAGAUACAAGAGCUUAAGAAGAAAACUCUUGCGGCCAGAACUCCAUCACCAAACAAGGAAGCUUCAAAAGACCAUCCGUCUCCUGGAACUCAACCUUCUGCCACCAUGCCGCAAAGAGAGAAAGUCGAAGGGACAGUUUGGGAACUCCAACAAGGAUUAUUUGAUAAUAAGUCCCCAAGUCCAGAACUUAAGCCAUGGCAGCCUUUUGCUGAAGAUCCCAAGCCACAAACGGCAUCGAUGAACAAUGCUCCCAAAUCUGUUAGAACGAGGAAUGGUCAACAGAACAAACAGGCUUCUCAAGCACUCUCAGGUAGUGACACGUGGGGUUUUGGAAUGGAUAGCUUUACAGCCAUUCCUGGAGCCUCCUCGCAGAUAUCCAAACCUAUACACGAAUUGGAUAAUUUUAAUUGCUUUGGCAAGUCAAAGAACACAGAGAGCAAGCCGGCUUCUCAACCUGCUGGAUGGGCUGGCUUCUGAUUUCUGCUAUUAUCGGGGAAGCUAGAGGUACUCAGUAUGAUUUUUUCUCUGAUUAUGUUAUCUUCAUUUUGCCUACUUUGCUGGAAAGAUGAGAGCAAAAGGAAAAAGUAAAAAGUAAAAAGGGGAUAUAUUGGUGUCUUGUGUUUGUUUUGUUGUGCUCUAUGGAGUAUUUGUGUUCUGUAGAUUUUGUUAUAAAAGAACAUUAAUGUUUGGCUUUAAAUCAAUCUGCGGCAGAUAAUUGUACACUUAAAUCCAUGGGAUUUUAUUCACUUUACUGGUGGUUAUCAGUGGAGAAACCUCUGUUAGGGGGUCAGUUAUUUUUCUGAACACAUCAUUUCAUGGAUGGAAAUUCAUUCAUUGGAACAUCA